UGCGCAGCCCUCUCCAGGUGCUCUCCGCCUCUAACCUGUGAGGACAAAGAGCCUGUAGUCUCUGGGAGUGUCCCGCUGCAGAGAGCGGAGCAUCGUUUACCCUGAGGGCCCCUUUAAGAGAGCUGGCCGGCCGUAUCUGCUGAUCUGUCAGCCGGCUGCAGCAUCCUGCUGCGGGACACCAGGGACGGCUCCCGGCGCUGGCUGCUGCACCGGGACCUCAACGCAGCCGCGUAAUCGAUGAUCGGGACUAGAAAUGCGCCCCUCAGCAUCCCGGACCUGUCAGGUGUAAAAAAAAAAAAGUUGACCGGACUGAGCUGAUGAGGAAGGAAGCGGCCGAUCGUCCCCUGCCAUCCCCGCCCGCAUCGCGUCAGACGCGUUUUAUAUGAUGGCCGAGCAGAAAGCUGCCCUGUUCCGGGGCUCUGCGGCGGGACGGGCUGCGUGCCUUGGCGCACCGCUGCUGCGGCUGUAGUCGGCGCCGACGUCCUGUUCCGCGGUUCGGCCGGUCCAGCCGGCUCGGCUGGUCGGGAGGACGCAGCUGCGCUUUUCAAGAGGACGCAGCUCCGAGACGUGCCGUGCCCGAUGCACACGCUACCGUCGCUACUCACGUUUGCCAUGCAUAUUGAUGAUGAACGUGUGUUCUCUGAAGGGGGAGCGUGCGGCAGAGCCAGGCAUGUCCGGAUGCAGCGAGCUGAGCCUGAGGGGGCUGCCCAUGGAGAGCUGGAUGUCUCAGCUGCCAUGCGCUCUGUGGGACACCCCGCUGUACCACCUGGCCAUCCCGGGCAGCCACAACGCAAUAACCUACUGCCUGGACAUGAACAACCGGUCCCCCGUGGACCCCAUGCAGCCCGACAUGCUUCAAAAGCUGGACAAAUACAUGAAGCCCCUCAUCCGUCCGUUCGUGUACAAGUGGGCAAUAACGCAAGAGUUCACUAUAAAGCAGCAGCUGGACUGUGGCGUUAGAUACUGCGACCUGAGGAUCGCGCACAGACCCAACGAGCACUCCACCGACCUGUACUUCUACCACGGGGUUUACACCACGCUCACAGUGGAGACCGUCCUGAUGGAGAUAAAGGAGUGGCUGGACGCUCAUCCCAAAGAGGUGGUCAUUCUGUCCUUCAGCCACUUCCUCGGACUGAACCAGGAGCUCCACGCGCGGCUGCUCACCACCAUACGCAGCACAUUCACCACCAAACUCUGCCCCAAAAUGGAGGUGCUAACGCUUCGGAAUCUGUGGGCCUUGGGCUACCAGGUGAUCGUCUCCUACGAACACAACAUGUCCAGCUCCCACAGCGACCUGUGGCCUCACAUUCCCUACUGGUGGGCCAACAAGUGCAAAGCCGAGGCUCUCAUCGAGGAGUUUGAGGAACGCAAGCAACACGGCAGACCAGCUGGCUUCUUCGUCACCGGGAUUAAUCUGACCGAGGACCUGAAGUACAUCUGCACCCACCCCACGGAGUCCCUGAAGGACCUGGUGAUGUCCACGUACCCGGCGCUGCUCGCCUGGGUCAGGGAGCAGACGCCCGGCUCCAGGGUGGGCUCCCUCAACAUCAUAGCCGGGGACUUCAUCACCGAGAGACACUUUGCACCCACUGUCGUCACGCUGAACGAGAAGCUGCUCAAAUGGCCGUCCUGACUUCAGACGGCGCGGCACAGAGAGUCUGCAAAAGCAAUGAAAUCAAUGAAAAGUUGCACAAGCUUUGUUUUGAUCAGACUGAAGGGAAAACGCAUUUUACCACUAGAGUUAUGAUUAGUUGACUAUAAACGGGCUUACCCGACGUAGCAUUUCAGUUUCACACAUGGACUUUUCUACCUGAACUUUACCUUGUUUACGUUCAGUUGCCUCUUCAUGCGCCGCACUGUGUCAGUUUUCGGUCCGGUGGCGGGCUGACCACAGCAAUAAUGGUGCAACCAAACGCACCCCGUUGUAGGCAUCUUUAAUGAGGAAGCACAAACACUGUUACGUGGGGUAAUGCAGAAGAUAACGUUUUUGAAGAUUUACGCCAGCGGUAACCUUCAAGACGUAACUUCAAGACGAAAACUUGGGUUGACCCACAGAACGAAUUAACUAUUUAUGCAAGUUUAUGCAACGUGCAUGGAAAUCGUUUUAUUUGCAUGAAGCCAGCACUGGUUGUUCUGUUUAAAAACAACAACAAGCUUUUAACCUCUAGCUAAUGCCUUGAGUUAAAAAUUAACGCUGCACCGCUGUGCCUGUGGAGAUGAGCUUUUUGAACUUAACAAAAUCACACUUUAAUAAUCCCAAAAGAACCAUUCAGCUCAUGAAAAAGUAUGCAGAAAAUAAAAAGACGAUAUCAGUUGUUAAACUGUUGGAAUGCUGAUUAUUUAUUUUACAAAUCACAAGGAAGUAUACUUAAGGAUAUUUUCAUUUUCUGAAAAUGUUGGAUAGAUCUAGGAGACUUUACUUCACUGUUGAACAAAUCUCUAAUUUUACACGAGUAUCGUUUUAUGUAACGCCUAGCUAGGGAGAGAUUACAGAGAUUGUCGUUUUUAAAUCUAUAUAAAUGCAGGUGUGAAUAAACGGGACGAGUAACAGAAUAAAAGUAAGUUUUAGAUGCAGCUCGCUGGUGGUUUGGGCCUUUUUUUUUUUUAGAACA